UGUAUAGAGAAACAAAUGCUUUGACUUCCUGGCAUCAUUCGCCUCGACGACUCUCUGUCCUCUUGUAAUCCGUUACACAGGCUGACGAGAAAUAACGGGCUCCUCCGUGACUUCGUCCAAUACCCGGAGUUUGCCAACAGGGAAGUGGAGAUGUCACGCCCCCAGGUUUCAAUCUAGGUCUGCCACCUGGUUGCUGGGUCCUACUCAGGACAGAGAGCACAUCCACAGUGAACCCUUGUGAGCAGGUCGGGUGUAGCUGCACGACGAUUUUGUCUGGACCACAGAAGGUCGCAAGUAGCUUGGAAGAUCCAGUUGUCGGACGGCUGAGGGUUUCCCUUUUUAAAUUCACGUGUCAGACUUGACCCUGCUGAAGGAUAGGCGUGAAAAUGACUUGCGGAAAAUCUUUCUUCGCCGUGACUCACUGCAUUUCAAAUGCGUUUGGUCGCUACGGACACCUGGUGGGCCGCUACCCUGUGUGGUUCAUCGUGGUGCCAGUCGUGGUGUGCGUGGGGCUGGGUGUGGGCUUUCUCUUCAGGAGCAAUGAACAAGACAUUGAGCUUCUCUACACGCCCAUCAACAGCCGGUCACGGUCAGACCGAGAGAAGGUCAAGGCGCUUUUUCCGGACAGAACCCACGACUACUACAACCCCAUGAGCCUCAACGACCACGCGCUAGGGGGAGUCGUCUUGUUUCGUCCCAAGAACGAUUCCAAUAUUCUCACAAGGGAGUCACUGCAAGAGAUCAAAGACUUUGUAACCAAAGUGAAGGAAAUCACCUUCAACAACUCGGAAGGCGAUGUCGUCACCUACGACGAGGUUUGCGGUCGUCUGGAUGGAAAGUGUGAGGUCUGGGGCCGCCUGAUCCUCACUGAUGACUUCUGGGAUGCAUUCGAAAAGGGCACGCUGAUUUUCCCCUUCUGGGACUCCCCCUGGGGCACGGUGGACCUCUCCGUCUGGCUAGGAAAUGUGAACAAGACACAACAAGAGCGCGUGCAAGGGGCUGGGGCGGUCAAAGUUACCUUUACCUUGCGUCAGGACAGCGAUGCCAUGAAAAAACUUUCUCUGGAAUGGGAACGGGCCUUCAUCGACUACAUGACAAAACUGCGCAACGAUAACUUCAGCACUCUGACCUUCGCCUUCUCUUCCUCACACUCGAUGGGAGACGAGCUUGAUCGAGGCACGAAAGGUGACAUCAAGUAUUUUUCUCUCACCUUCACCAUCAUGAUCACCUACGCCAGCAUCGUCUGUUCAGGAGGAGACUGUGUAUCCACGAGAGCGCUGCUGGCCAACGCCGGCGUGGUCGCAGCCACCAUGGGCAUCUUGGCCAGCUUUGGUCUCUUCUCUUUUAUCGGCGUCCAGUUUGUCAACAUCGUCGGCGUGGUCCCAUUUCUUAUCCUAGGAAUUGGCGUGGACGACAUGUUUCUGCUCAUGUCCUGCUGGAGCAGCACGCUGGGAACACGUGACCUCUCCGUCCCACAACGCAUCAGGGAGACGUUCCGCGCGGCGGGCAUCGGCAUCACCAUCACAUCCCUGACGGACUCGCUAGCCUUCGCCAUCGGAGCCUCCUCCGUCUUCAUCAGCGUCCGAAACUUCUGCCUCUACUCAGGUGUUGCUGUGCUGUUUUGCUACAUCUGUAACGCCACCUUCUUCGGCGGCUGCCUCGCGCUGCACGGGCGGAGAGUCUAUUCCGCGCGCCACACUCUCACGUGCCAGAAGGUCCGUCCCCGCAAGGACAUGAGCGAGGAAGGGAAGAGCUGCUGCCUCAUCUGCAUGUGCGGCGGGGCCGCGCCCGACAAAGAGUUCGCCGACGAAAGCGUCUUCGAAAAGGUCCGAGGGUCUUCCUGCCCAAAGUUGUUUUGUGGCCACCGGUCAAAGUCAUCAUCAUCCUGCUGUUUGCUGCAUACCUGGGCGUCUCCAUCUGGGGGAUCAUGUACAAGCUAGAACAGGGGCUGCGCCUGAAGGACCUGGUGCUGGACACCUCCUACUUUCACAGGUUCAACACCUGGGAUGAGGACGACUUCGGGGUGGCACUUCCGGUAGCCUUCGUGAUCACGGAACCGAUCGAUUACACAGACACGGACACUAUGCUUGCGGAUGAUAGACUUGAUGAAAAAAGCACGAAGCGAUUCGGACGUUUCCCCUCUCGGAACAUACUGCUGGUUUACCGACUACAUCUUCAGCGAGCAUUUCAACGUGUCCAGCCAAACGGCCUUCGCCACAUCCCUGUCGCAGGACUUCCUGCCAAAUAACCUCCGCUACAUUGGUGACGUGGUCUUUGAUGCGCUAAACGAGACGGUGGUGGCGUCCCGCUGCCACGUGAUGUCCGAGAACCUGCGAGAGUCCACACAGCAGGCGGAUCUGAUGUUGCGCAUGCGCGACCUCGCCGACAAUGCCCCUUUGCCCACCUUUGCUUACCAUCCGGCCUUUGUGUUCUUUGAACAGUACGUUAUGAUCAUGAGCUCCACCCUGCAGACGGUCGGCAUCACCCUCGCUGUCAUGUUCGUCGCCACCUUCGUCUUCCUCGUCCACCCUACCAUCGUCCUCCUUGUCUUCAUCAACAUCCUCAUGAUCAUCGUGGGCAUCUUCGGCUUCAUGGGAAUCUGGGGCCUGACUCUGAGCUCGGUCACCAUGAUCCACCUUAUCAUGAGCGUCGGCUUCUCCGUCGACUUCUCGGCGCACGUCUGUUCGGCCUUCAUGCUAGCUCAUGGUGGGUCGCGUCAGGAGCGUGCGCAGUACGCCCUCGUCCACGCCUCCGGUCCCGUCUUCAACAGCGGUUUCUCCUCCUUGAUCGGCAUCGUCGUCCUCGUCUUCUCCGACUCGUACAUCUUCCAAUCCUUCUUCAAGAUUAUGUUGCUCGUCAUCUCCUUCGGGAUCAUCCACGCCGUCUUUCUGAUUCCCGUGCUGCUGUCGUGGAUCGGGCCCAUGAUAGCCGAGGACUCCAUGUUCCAGACAAACGCCAACGGUUCCUGCCAGGAAACAGAUGUCUCCGCCGUCGCCUACAAGAAGCAGAACAUCAGCUCAUCAGGAAACGGUGUUUUGAGCGAGAAACUCAACAGCGACCUGUUUGCUGGCAAUGGCACCAUCAAAAGCCCUCUUUAUGAAACACUAGGUUAUGUUGUGGAAUAUGACAAUCAAGCUUACACGCACUUGUAAAAAAAGCACUAAAAGGCUUUUCGCCAAUAAAGGCUAUCUUUCUAUUUAUCAUAUCGCUCAAAAUCACAUAGAAGCAUUGCUGACCUACUGUUGUUGGUUAUUGUAAAAGUUAACCAGUAAUCUGCAAAGAAGGGAACAUUAACUGUCACUUUAUUCUUUUGUAAUACCGUUAAAUUUUGCCAUGCAAACUGUCGUUUCUUCUGUAUUGUAAAUCUUAUUGCGUAUAUUUUCCCCCCAGAAUCUUAUUGUUUCAGUUUAACAAAAUAAAUGUGUUGAGAAAUACCGUUGACAAAA